AUGACUUCCCUCGCGAAGAGAGCAAUUCCAGUCAUCCGGACUUUACCAAACGUAUUCUUCAAACCGAUAUCUUUUUCACCACCCUUCAGAAUGUGUGAACGACAUCAAACAGAGAUGACGUACAAAAACUCUACUGCGACACCAAAACACAAGGUCACAAAGUGGAUUCCAGUCCCUUGUGCAACGAACUGCGGCAAUUGGCUUGAUAAAGAGAACAUGGGUAGCUCAACCAACAAAACACCGGGCACGAUCUGUCCUAAGUGUUGA